UAUAAAUACGCCAAAUCUUCCGGUCGUCUGCAUUUCAAGAUGGCUACUGUUGACGAUGAUGAUGUGUUAGAUGAUGAUCAAUUAGACGUAUUACUCAAUUUCCCACCUGAUAUACAGGAAGUCAUUGAACAGAUUCUUCCUAGUGAUGAUCCCUUGGAUAGAGCAGAUUUUAAUCCCAUAGACUAUAUCAACACAUUAUUUCCUACAGAGCAGUCACUUGUGAACAUUGACGAUGUGGUUGGUAAAAUGAGAAUGAAAAUAAGAAAACUAGAUGAUGAGAUACGGUCUGUGGUUCGAGGCCAAACCAAUGCCGGAGAGGAUGGCAGGCUAGCCCUGGAAGAAGCACAGCGAGCAAUACAGGAACUGUUCUCCAAGAUCAAGGAGAUCAAAGACAAGGCAGACAAAUCAGAGGAAAUGGUGAAAGAAAUAACUAGAGAUAUAAAACAACUAGAUCAUGCCAAAAAGAAUCUGACUAGCUCCAUUACAACACUUAAUCAUCUACAUAUGCUAGUGGGAGGUGUGGAUUCUCUUUCGAAUUUAUCCAAGAGGCGACAAUAUGGAGAAGUUGCAAAUUUACUCCAAGGAGUUCAGAACGUCUUGGAACACUUUCAGAAAUACAUGGAAAUACCUCAAAUUAAAGAACUAUCUGACAGAGUUAAGUCAAUUCAGUCUGAUCUGGGAUCACAAAUUCUGGCUGAUUUUGAGGAAGCUUUUCAAGGAGCUGGAGCAAAGUAUGGUCCCUCCAAUCAAAGACAACUGAAGGAAGCUUGCUUAGUUGUUGAUGUUUUGGAUUCCAAAGUAAAAAAAGAUCUUCUUGCAUGGUUCGUCAAACUUCAGCUAUCUGAAUAUUUGGUCCUAUUUGGUGAAAAAGAAGAAGUUGCUUGGUUGGACAAAAUAGACAGACGAUAUGCAUGGAUAAAAAGAACAUUAGUAGAUUUUGAAGAGAAAUUUGGUCCAUUGUUUCCAGAGGCUUGGGAAGUUUCAGAAAGAAUUUGUAUUGAGUUCUGCAAUUUAACGAGGUCAGAGCUAUCCAGAAUUAUGGGAAGAAGAACACAUGAGAUUGAUGUCAAACUGUUGCUUUUUGCAAUCCAGAGAACAACAAACUUUGAAGCUUUGAUAGCAAAAAGAUUUACUGGAGUGACAUUGAAUGAAGCACAGAGUGGGAGAGUAGCUAAUCCCCAAACACAGUCUUCAAACCCAUUUGUAGAGUCUACAAAUCCUUUCGAGACAGAAUCGGAAGAAGAAAUGAGUUCAUCUGAAGAAUCAAAGGAGCCUUUGAAGCAGGCUGGUUCUCCAUUCACAGGCAUCAUAUCAAAAUGCUUUGAACAACACCUUAAUAUUUACAUUGAUUCCCAAGACAAGAAUCUAGCAGAAUUAAUAAACCGGUUUCUGGAAGAUCUAAGGCAGCAGGGAACCCCUAGAAUGGAGACAGAGGAGAGCAGCAAUGUGCUGCCAAGCUGUGCUGAUCUGUUUGUGUUCUACAAAAAGUGCAUGGUCCAGUGUUCCCAGCUCAGCACAGGCAAGCCGAUGAUUGAUCUCACUAGAACUUUCCAAAAAUACCUCAGAGAAUACGCCAAUAGAGUCCUCCUCAACAAUUUGCCAAAGGCCUCAAACCAGAGUGGAGGGAUCAGCUCAGCGUCCGGUUUAAUUCAAAGCAUCCUGAAAGAAGGGGAGGUCACCAAGUUUACAGAGGAGGAACAGUGUCGGAUCUGUAGCAUACUGUGUACAGCUGAAUACUGCAUGGAGACCAGUCAGCAGCUGGAAGAGAAACUGAAAGAGAAAGUCAACCCCAGUCUCUCUAAUCAGAUUGAUAUGAACUCAGAGCAAGACACAUUCCACAAUGUUAUAUCCAAUUGCAUACAGCUUUUGGUGCAGGAUUUAGAAACUGCUUGUGAGCCAGCACUCACAGCAAUGAGCAAGAUGUCUUGGUCAUCGGUUGAGUCUGUGGGAGAUCAGAGUGGUUAUAUAUCAGCCCUCACAGGCCACCUCAAGCAGAAUCUACCAGUCAUUAGGGACAACCUAGCUUCAUCUCGCAAAUUCUUUACACAAUUUUGUUUAAAGUUUGCCAAUUCCUUUAUCCCAAAGUUCAUCAGUCAUCUCUUUAAAUGUAAAAACAUUAGCACAGUGGCUGCAGAGCAGCUGCUCCUAGACACCCAUUCUCUGAAGACAAUUCUGCUAGAUCUACCGUCACUUGGAUCCCAAGUUGUUAGGAAAGCUCCAACAAGUUACACAAAAAUAGUUGUGAAAGGCAUGACUAGAGCAGAGCAUAUCCUUAAGGUUGUGAUGUCACCACAUACUGACCAGCAUCGAUUUGUAGAGAGCUACUACAGAAUGCUCAGUGAUUCAGAUCUGAAUGAAUUCCAGAAAGUUUUAGAAAUGAAGGGUUUGCGGAGGAGUGAGCAAAGCAACAUUCUAGAAAUUUAUCGAGCAAAAAUGCCAGUGUCUGCAGCAGCAGGAUCUACACAUAGUGACACGAACCAGAACAGUGCCCUACAAACUCAAACCUCAGAACAGGAAUCUAGUAGAAUCCGAAAACUGGAGAGGUUGAUCAAGAAGAGACUUUAAAAACACAUCGAGUGCACUUUUAUAUAACUCUCUUAAAAGUCUUUUUUUCUAUAAUUUCUAAUAAAAAAGUGUUUUAAUUAUUCCUCUCUCUCUGUACAUUGCUGAAAGAGAAAUAAUCAUUAUUUAUUAGUAGAUUAUCUAAUUAAACCAAUCUUCUGAUGAAAAUAGUUUGUAUUUAAAUUGACAAGAUCAUUUAUUAGCUAAAAGUUGUACAAGUCAUGUUAUACACAUGCACUGAAAACUUCUAUUUAUAAAAAUCAUGAAAUGAUAAAGGCCUGUAUAAUUUACUGGUAUUAAGUGUAAAUUAUAAAUAUAUUUAUAAAUUGUAUAUUUUUUGUUAUAAAGACUGAUUGUUAUACAAUGUACAAAUAUGUAUCAGUUAAAAAACUGAAAUAAAAAGGCAAAACCUUAA